AUGAAUAAUCCUUUGAAUUGGGUUUUACCGGAUAGACAUGUCUUCCCAAGUAUAGUCGCUGCAGGUGCUGUAUCAAUGUGGCACAUUCAGGCAUUCUGUGUUAAAAAAGCAAGAGAGAAAGCAAAUAUUCCAGCUCCUGCUGUUACUGGUGAUGAAGAUUUAGAGAGAACUUUGGUUAGUUACCAACAUACCGCAGAAGGUUUGGCACCAGUCAUAUGUACCACCUAUCUCUGCUCAUACUUUACCUGUCCAAAGACUGCACUGAUUUUGGGUAGUGGUUGGGUACUCUCUAGAAUGUUUGGAUCAUGUAAAAACUUCUGUGAUAAAGAAAAGGAUUGCAAGUGGAUGGUAUUUAAAUCUUCUUGA